AUGUCUAGCCUUGCCAACAUUCUUGCUCUCCUGCCCUUGGCACUGGCUGCCAGCCCUUUGGCUAUGAACUUUGACCGGCCCAUGAUUUUCAAAGAGACCGACUUUGCCAUGAAUAAUGGCAGAAGAGGAAUUGAAAUCCCGUCCGAUGGGAACUGCAUGAACCUCGACAGUGUCCCAGAGUUCCGCACGAACAUUGGAUCAAUCUAUGUCCCGUGCCCAUCUGACACAGCCAUGGACCUGAUGUGCACCAUGUACAGUGAUAACUCUUGCGGCGACGAGAUGUUCACCUUCACCCGGCCGCAUGCGCAUUUGUUCAGACAAACCGCAGGCGACGAUGUCGGAAGUCACGUCAGGAGCAUCAAAUGCAUGCCGGUCAGUUCUCCAGUCGUCAGACAGGGACACAUUUUCACGAGCAAUCGCCCUUCUACCAAGAGUCCUAGCAACUGCGCCAAUGAUAGUUGCACCAGCGACAUGAACUGUCAAGCCAUGAACCCGAAUUACAACCUGUACUGCUCCAUGGACCUGAUGACCUGCCAACACAGGUCUCAAAUCGGUGGAUUAUGCAGCGGUAAUUCAGGUAAUUUCCGCUGCCAAGCAGGUACCUGUGUUGGCGGAGUCUGCAUGGAAACGGGCGAGAACUUGCCUUGCUCCCAGGGUGUCGACUGUCCUUCCGGCUUUGAAUGUCGUCCUUAUCGUUCCAUGGAUGUGCUUGGGGUCUCUACUGUUCAAACCGUCUGCAUGAAAACGGAGGAUGUUCGUGGUACACCGUGUCCUUGUGCGGAGCACAUGAGCUGCAGCCUGCGGAGUGGUGAUAACUUGUAUUGUGAGUGGGAUGGUACGUGUGCGCUCACAACCAUGAAAUGCCAGUCGGAUAGCCAAUGUUGCUCUGGAAAUUGCAACGCCCAGGCUUGUCAGUGA